ACGGCAACAUGGCCACGCCCACUCCACCUACGGGCUCUUGCUCGGCGCUUAUGACUUUUCAUCUCUCAAGGAGAAAUCCCUGCUAGUACAGCGUCUUUCCUCCUUUGAGCCAGAGGAACGGAGGGAGGACGCUCGAAAUGUCUUGCAAUUACGCAGAGGGGCUCUCGUCCUACGAGAACAAGGGCAAGUGUGGAUUGCCUGAGAUAUUUGACAGCCCUUCAAAAGUCGAUGAGAAGGUGAAGAGACUUGCAGAAUGGAUGAGAGGAAGCAAACACACUGUGCUCCACACAGGAGCUGGGAUCUCCACUGCUGCUGGAAUACCUGAUUUCAGAGGGCCAAAAGGGGUGUGGACGCUGGAGCAGAAAGGCGAGAAGCCACAGGUGGACAUGGGUUUUUCCAAGGCCCUGCCAACCAAGACGCACAUAUCUUGGGCAACAGAAGAUCCAGUGAAGACUGUGGGACAGAAACUCGUCGGACAGGCUUGCUUUGGGCAACGGGACAGCGGGAGACCGUGUCGGGGGAAACUUCGGGACAACAUCCUCGAUUGGGAAGAUCGUCUCCCGGAACGGGACAUGCAGGUUGCCCAGGCUCAUUCACUGGCAGCCCAGUUGAGCAUUUGCCUAGGGACAACUCUUCAGAUUGUACCAAGUGGGAAUCUCCCAGUUCUCACCAAGAAGACGAAAGGAAGGCUCGUGAUCUGUAACCUGCAGCCCACCAAACAUGAUCGAAAGGCAGAUCUCCUGAUCCACACAUAUGUGGAUGACAUGAUGGAGAAGCUCUGCAGUUACUUGGACGUCAGGCCUCCGGAGUACAAACCCAAGAUGGGAGUGAUCCUGGAACCAAUGGAAUGGACCGUCAGAGACGAAUGGUUGAAGGACUUGCCCAAGGUAGAACUUCCACAGAAGAAACGCAAGAGACGUGGAAAGCCCUUCCAAAGGGGACAUGCAAAGCGAGAGCGGUCACACGUCAGAGCCAAACCUGAGUUCACUCUUCUGAAGAAAGAACCGAAAGAAGAGGAAGAAGAGGAGGAAGAUGAAGAAGGAAUAGGUGAGACACCCUUUCAAAACGGAGACGACUCUGCAGGCGACACUGAGUCAGGUUGUAUCGACUCCAAGCAAGAGCCCAUGGAACAAGAUGAUGUUGAGAGAAUGGAUGAAGGGGAGAAAACUAGACAAAAUGGAGACAAUUCAGAAGCAUCUGAGACUGAUGAACCGAAGUCUGCAGGAGAAAAUAUGCGAGACAGAGAAACUGUUUCUGACUGCAUGGGGAAGAAAGAGAAGCUGAGUUUGGAUCCCACAGGAGAUAUGGAGGGUAGCAAGAGCCAUAGUGAUGAGGGGAAUGCCAGACAAACAGGAAACCACUCAGAGUUGCCAGAUGCAAACAACUUGGGUUCCAAGGCUGGUGAUGUGAGGGAUGAGAAUGAAGAAGCGGGGAAGAACACCGCCUCAAACGAUGCAGACUGCCCUGUCUGGGACCAUGAAGAAAUGAUGAGGCUGCAAGAGGAGUCAAUUCAAGACUCCAGUGCCAAAGAGGAAGUUAAGAAGCAAGAGAUGGAAGAUGAAAGCAGGCAAGAAGUUCCCAUUCCAGGAAGCACUGGCGAGAACUAGGAAUCCGUCACUCGUGGUCGUUCGGACGCCUCGAUCGAGGCCGACUCGCAUCUGCACGACUCCGAACCGAUCGGAGGCUGAUCCUCCCAAAGAAUCCUCUUCCUCGUGCGCGAGUGUUACGUCUUUGCAUCCGUCUCGAAGCCGGACACUUGUCCGUCUCUAGUCGUGGACCAAGGGACUCUCGAAUCAAGCCCACAUUCCCUUCCUUGUGUAUCGAUGUUUUCAUGUCUUUGAUGAUGAGAGAUUAUGAACUGUUCUGAGAGUCA